AUAUGUUCUGGGGAAAUCUCCAAAAUGCAUUGUGAGUAUCAGUAAUCAGUAAGACUGGGACAUGUGCCAUACAUUUUAUUUAGUUUUUGUGAUGUUAAAUGUAUUUAUUUAUAUUUUGCAUGCUGAUAGGAGUAUCAAGCAGCCUGGUAAAUAAAGGAUGCUCUGAGACUGGGGCAGCAGGACCAGCGGACAACUUGGUACAUUGUGCAUUCGGCUGUGAAGAAAAUUGAGAAAUCAUCUGAGUGACAAUUAAAGGAGUGAUGGAGAAAAGAAGCACAGGGACCCAACCGGCCCCCGGUCCGUCCUCUAAUAGAGUCAUUACUGUGGUGUUCUUGGCUCUGCUCAUAGACCUUCUGGGAUUCACGCUGAUCCUGCCGCUCUUUCCCACCAUAUUGGAUCACUACAGCAAGUCAGAUGAUAAUCUUUACCAGAAGUUACAGAAUGCUGUGGACUGGUUCGCGUCAUCUGUUGGGGUUCCCCAAGAAAGAAAAUACAACAGUGUCUUGUUUGGAGGUCUUAUUGGCUCCCUCUUCUCCCUCCUGCAGUUUAUCGGCUCGCCACUGACAGGCGCUGUGUCUGAUUACAUGGGAAGAAGGAAAGCUCUGCUCAUAACCGCGGUGGGGCUGAUUGCAUCCUACGCGUUAUGGGCAAUCUCAAGAAGUUUUGGGGUUUUCCUUUUGUCUCGCGUGGUCGGAGGACUAAGCAAAGGAAACGUCAGCCUGUGUACUGCCAUUAUUGCUGAUCUUCCCUCCUUGCAAAGCCGUAGCAAAGGAAUGGCAAUGAUUGGAGUAGCCUUCUCGUUGGGAUUCACAGUAGGCCCCAUGGUCGGAGCUUACUUUGCAAUGAAUGCUGCUACCGAAGAGCUGUUUUAUGUCCGGCCGGCCAUUCUCGCCCUACUUCUUUCGGUUGCCGAUUUGAUAUUCAUCUUUUUGCUUCUUCCUGAGACCCUUCGCAAGGAGAACCGGGUGUCGUCGGUGAUUGAGGGAAUUCAGGGAGCUUCGGACCUUGUCAGUCCCAUGGCCUUGUUUAACUUCUCAGCUGUCACAAGAAGAAAGGACUCUCCUUCUCCUGAAAAUCUUCAGAACCUGCAAGUUCUGGGUCUGGUUUACUUCCUGUACCUUUUCCUGUUCUCUGGUCUGGAGUACACCAUAAGCUUCCUGACCCACCAGCGGUUCCAGUUUACCAGCAUGCAGCAAGGAAAGAUGUUUUUCUUCAUUGGAAUAACGAUGGCGUUGAUCCAAGGAGGGUAUGCUCGAAGAAUCAAACCAGGAAAUGAAAUCAAAGCUGUGAAAAGGGCCAUCAUUCUCCUGAUUCCAGCGUUCAUUCUGAUAGGAUGGUCAAACAACAUGGGCGUCCUGGCCGCUGGCCUCAUCCUUUACUCCCUCGCUGCUGCUAUUGUUGUGCCAUGUUUAUCCUCCGUGGUGUCAACCUACGGGUCGGCUAGCCAGAAAGGGACCGUCAUGGGUAUUCUCCGAAGCCUGGGGGCUUUGGCUAGAGCUGUGGGACCUAUUUUAUCAGCAACAUUGUACUGGCUCAUCGGGGCCGAGCUUUGCUUCAGCAUUUGUGCAGUAUGUUUCCUGAUUCCAGUUCUCUGUCUCCGACGAGUGAAAGUACAACUUAAACAGGAAACGGAAUAACGAACAGAAGAGAUUGUUACAACUGGCAAACGAUGUGCCAUGUAACGCUAAAGGGAUCGGACGUGCAUCUUGCUGGAAUUAUGGGGAAGAUGUUCUCUGUGGGUCAUCUAAUACAGACCGGUGUUAAAUGAUUUUUAAUGAAGGACAAUUUUUCUCUUUUAAUACUGCUCACCCAUCCAUCCACAGUAACAUUUUGUGAUGCGUUUUCUCAUAGUGAUUUGAAUUUUAGCACUAGCUGGUGCUAUUUGGCUAACUCCGUAUUAUGGGUAUUAUCGUGCUUUACAUCACGAGAAACAUCGCCCCAGCCGCUCUAAGCUCAACCCUCUAAACCACGGUUCUCCAGACUCUGGCCCUCCAGAUGUUUCUGAACUACAACUCAUAUGAUUAUCUGGCUCUCUCAUUUAAAGAAUUGAAAGAAUAGUGGGAGUCGUACUUCAGCAACAUCUGGAUUUGUAAAAAGGUUCAGUAGCCGUAUUGGAGAAAACUGAAAACAGCUGAUUUGGAGAAUUCUUCCAAUUUGAUUUAUUAUGGACUAAAAUGUAAAAAUUUUUACAUUCACGAUGAAUUCCUGAUAAAAUAUCACGUAUGUGAAUACCCCCUGUUAUAGUAACCGUGAGUAGGGGGUGGGGGAAUCAUCAACCCAAUAUACCACAAACCUGCCAUUUGUGACCAAAAUCUUGAACAUUUGAUUUACUGCAUAAAACCCAAUAGCACCUUAACCCCUUAAGGACCAAACUUCUGGAAUAAAAGGGAAUCAUGACCUGUCACACAUGUCAUGUGUCCUUAAGGGGUUAAAUAUUGAAAAUGGAGGUGCAUAGAGCACUCCUUUAUUGGCUGAUACAUGGGUGUCUUCAUAAAAUAUGUUUGUUCCUCAAUUACAUUUUUACUGUUACCCUGAUUGACAAUUCCUGCCCUAGGAGCUUAUUUGAUGUUCUAGCAUAUUAUACCAUACUAGUUAUUGAACACUAAUUGUAAAUGGUCGCUUUCUAACUUAAAGCUGACAAAGCACCAUAAAGACUGUAGUUGUGCAGAAGCUGCCCAUAUCACAUUGCGGAGGAGUUUUAGCAAAAAGAAUUGAGAGGAAAUCGCGACUCACAAACCACUGACCAAAGAACCAUCUAUUUUGUAAAUUGACAACUAAAAGUUAAAUACCGGUACGAGGGCAGAUUUCUAUAAAUGAGUAAAAACAGAAUGAUUGCCCGAUAAUAAAUCUCCUGGGAUAUCAUAAAUCAAUUCAGUAAUUAUCCCUGAGCUUUGUUGUAAAGAUACCAUAUCAAGGAAGGCUAAUGAUGUGGCUAGACCAUAAGUCAGCAGGAUAUUACCGUGUAAUAAAGAUAUGAGACGUAGCGAGAAACGUGCAAUAGAAAUGGUUAGAAAAAACAGUGACUUUCUAUCAGGAUGAACAGCUCAAUACAUUACCAGUCUCAUACUAAACACUUGGGAUUAAGUGUAUAGCAUGACAGUGAUUCUAGGCCCAAAUACCUUCUCUUUUUUUUAAUUUUUUUAUUAUUAUUCUGCUCCCUGACAACUAUACCUUAUUGUGAGUCAACGUGAUUUCCUAUUUAAAUAUAGCACAUUAUGUGAACUGCAUUUGAAAACAACUUACACAGAUCAAUGACAUUCCAGGAUAUGCAAUAUAUUAUUUUACUAGGUGUUUGUGUGUGUAUAUAUUUUUUAUAUAUUGUUUUUUUACAAUGUUUACAAGGUUAGGCUAUGGAACUGUUGUAUGAUUUUUAGCUCUGGCUUUACGGUGCAUAAUUUGGUGUAGCUUGAUUUGGGCUUGUGUAACCAGGCAACGAGAGUGGCCUGACCCUUACAAUAAGAUAAGGGCAACCACCAAUCUCUCUGCAAUUCGCUGGUAUGGCAGUGUCUCUUCCAAAUGGUGGCAUUUAUGAUAUGAAUAAAAGGUUUUGUUUUUAUAGCA